GACCAAGUCGACAGCGGCCGCCAGACGAAGUGGCCUCCUGGCUGAGAUCUUCAAGGGCAGUAGAUCGCUGGUUCUGCACACAAGGCAUGACAAUGAGGCAUGAUGCUAAAGGCUCGGUCUCUCUCCUGACUCUGCCAUCAGGCUAUGUGCAAGCUUCUCGUGCGCGCCACCCGCUUGCAGCCGCGUCAGCAGUAUCAGGGAUCCAUGUGCUCCGAGGUCACAUCAUCUUGUGGCUGUUUGAUCCGAGGCCGCAGGUGGAGGUUGCAGCGGCUGCCGACUUAGUAGCGCGGAAGUUGUUCGGCCAGAAGGUCGCUUUGGACCUGCAUGCGGGCGCUGUGGCCACCUUCCCUGCUGUCGUGUUUUCCUCCCUGGAGGCUCAAGAGACCUCCACGGCAUUGUCGUUCGUGUUGGAGUGA